AUGCAAUGUUCCACAGAAACUCUAGCUAAGUUGUUCUACAAUGUCUCCAGCUCUUUCUUGCUUCUCUUCCUCUUCUUCUACCUCACCUCCAUCUUUCUCGCCAAGCUCUUCCACUAUCUUGGUGGCUAUCAAUUUUUCCCAAGAAAUCAGGAUGUAUAUGAGUUUGGAGUAUUUUCCGACGAAGAAGAAGAGGAAAACAAUGGGUAUUAUCAUGGUGAGCCGACGGAGACAGAUCAUUUGGUAGCUGACAUCAUUCAGGGUGGUGAAUCACUAUCAUUUUUGCCUACGAGAAGCAUAGAAACGGAUCAAUUUAUUGCCCGAGAAAUGAUAGACCGUUCCAAGCCCAUGCCACAAGAGCUAGAUGAAAGUUUUGGCACUGAAGAUUUGUCAGUCUAUGGCUCUCCUAUUGCUGAAUCCGAGCAUAGUGACGAAGAGGUGGUUGGAGAAGAGAUUCCAACAAGAGAUACUGAUUCUGCCUACAAUACUGAUACAAAUAAUAACGGCCCCACCUUACGGAUGGCUGAUGAUGACACUCAUGAAGAUAUUAUUUAUGCUGUUUCAGAAAAACGUGAGAAACGAGAAACUGAAAACGGGAAGAUGGAGACGAAUUUCACGAGAGACGACAAUUUUCUAAUUUUUCAACCACCAAAGUUGGAGACCAAGAAGCUUUUGGUUCAUGAGAAGGAAAAAGAAGAGAUUUUUGGUGACUCUUGUACUGUUGGCUCCACUUCUAAGAGCUCCUCUGAAUGGAGAAGCUCCAUUAGAGAUACGGGAACUGAAGAUCCAUUUUCAUCUUCAUCAAGGAGAAGCUGUCCUAAGUGGGAAUCAUAUACUGUUUUCCAAAAAUAUGAUGAAGAAAUGUUGUUUUUGGAUAGAAUUAGUGCACAGAAGUUGCAUGAAACAGAAACUCUAGCUAAGUUGUUCUACAAUGUCUCCAGCUCUUUCUUGCUUCUCUUCCUCUUCUUCUACCUCACCUCCAUCUUUCUCGCCAAGCUCUUCCACUAUCUUGGUGGCUAUCAAUUUUUCCCAAGAAAUCAGGAUGUAUAUGAGUUUGGAGUAUUUUCCGACGAAGAAGAAGAGGAAAACAAUGGGUAUUAUCAUGGUGAGCCGACGGAGACAGAUCAUUUGGUAGCUGACAUCAUUCAGGGUGGUGAAUCACUAUCAUUUUUGCCUACGAGAAGCAUAGAAACGGAUCAAUUUAUUGCCCGAGAAAUGAUAGACCGUUCCAAGCCCAUGCCACAAGAGCUAGAUGAAAGUUUUGGCACUGAAGAUUUGUCAGUCUAUGGCUCUCCUAUUGCUGAAUCCGAGCAUAGUGACGAAGAGGUGGUUGGAGAAGAGAUUCCAACAAGAGAUACUGAUUCUGCCUACAAUACUGAUACAAAUAAUAACGGCCCCACCUUACGGAUGGCUGAUGAUGACACUCAUGAAGAUAUUAUUUAUGCUGUUUCAGAAAAACGUGAGAAACGAGAAACUGAAAACGGGAAGAUGGAGACGAAUUUCACGAGAGACGACAAUUUUCUAAUUUUUCAACCACCAAAGUUGGAGACCAAGAAGCUUUUGGUUCAUGAGAAGGAAAAAGAAGAGAUUUUUGGUGACUCUUGUACUGUUGGCUCCACUUCUAAGAGCUCCUCUGAAUGGAGAAGCUCCAUUAGAGAUACGGGAACUGAAGAUCCAUUUUCAUCUUCAUCAAGGAGAAGCUGUCCUAAGUGGGAAUCAUAUACUGUUUUCCAAAAAUAUGAUGAAGAAAUGUUGUUUUUGGAUAGAAUUAGUGCACAGAAGUUGCAUGAAACAGAGUCUCUUAGAUCUAUUCAAGCAUGUCCAAGAUCAAUAUCAGAAAGGAUUGUUCAUAAAAUGGCAACAAGAAACAAAAGGUCAUCAGAUUUCCAUCAAAACCCAUACCUUGAACUGGAAGCUGCCUAUGUAGCUCAAAUCUGCUUGACAUGGGAAGCUCUGAAUUGGAACUACAAGUAUUUCCAACGUCUGAGAGCUUCGCAUCACGACUCGGACCCGGGAUGUCCUGCUGGUAUUGCUCAGCAGUUUCAACAGUUCCAUGUUCUUCUGCAGAGAUAUGUAGAGAAUGAGCCUUAUCGGCAUGGGCGAAGACCAGAGGUCUAUGCUAGAAUAAGGAGUUUGGCGCCUAAGUUGCUUCAAGUGCCUGAAUAUCGAGAUUCAGAGGACGAAAAAAGAGAGGAAGGACUUGGGUCCAGAAUUUCAUCUAAUUCCUUUGUUCAAAUCAUGGAGGAAGCAAUCAGAACAUUCAUGAAUUUCCUCAAGGCAGAUAGGGAGAAUCACUGCCAAAUAUUGGCAGCUUUCUUCAGGAGAAACCGAAGAGGUUCAGUCGAUCCUAUCCGUUUCCUCCAACUAAAGAAAGUUAACAAAAAGAAGAAAUUGAAGAUUAAAGAUCUUCGCCGUCCUUGGAAAUGCUUCACGAAAAGAAGGUUGAAGGAAGAGGACGAGAUGGAGAUUUUGUUGGCCCUUAUUGACAUUAAAGUGGUUUCUAGGGUUUUGAGGAUGACUGACCUAAGUGAAGACCAACUGCAAUGGUGUGAAGGCAAGAUGAACAAAGUGAAAGUUUCUGAUGGGAAACUACACAGAGAUUCUUCACCACUUUUCUUCCCUGCACACUGACCCACUAUUCAUAUUGCUUGAUGACUGGAUCAUGAAUGUGCAUGACUCCAUGUAUAUCUGAAUAUUCCUAGACACCCUUUUGUAAAUACUAACAAAAAAAAAGGACAAAUACACUUUGAUCCCUCAACUAUGGCCCCCGUCUCACAUUGCCUCGACUAUCACGGUUCUUACGUUGAACCUUUGUCAAAAAUAACCUCUGACCUAUAUGAUUUUGUAUCACUUUGCGUGAUACAAGAGCAUCUUCUCUCUAUAACUGAUGUUAGCACACUUGAAGCAAUGUGAAACAAAUUAUCCUAGUUGAAGAUAGAAUGUAAGAAAUUCAAUAGUUCAAGGGGCAAAGUGAGUUUGAGGUCAUAUUUAUAGGGUCAAAGUGUAAUUUUCCUUAGAAAAUGAAAGAUGGGGUCCCACAAAUCAAAGUAACAGCAUGUGGGUGACAAGGAUAUGGCAGAAUUGGAAUCCAUGAAAGAAAGGUAAAGAUGGCUGUAGCGCUCUGAUUUCAUGAACAAUGAAAGUUGAAAGAGCAAAGACAAAGCAAGGAACAUGAAGAUAGAGACAAGGGUAGCUUUAGCCUUUAGUUUCUCUUUAUCUCUUUAAUUAGGGUUUAUCUACGAGGGAUUUGGGCUUAAUAAAAAGGCAAAGAGUGAUGUUACAUAGACUUAAAAAUUAGAUUUAAAAAUUAUACUAAAUAAUCUCAACUAUUGAAUAGGUAGUGGGUCCCAAUAAAUGUUGGGACGUACAGUGAAAUUAAUAGUUGAGAUUAUUAAGUUUAAGUCUACUUUUUAAUUUCAUGUAACAUUGUUCAAAGGCAAAGCUACAACACAUGCAGCGGAAUAAAAAGGUGGCACAUGGUACACUCAAAGUGAGGAGGAGAGCCUCAUAGCAUAUGGGCCCACUUGUUUUUAGGCAAAGGAAUGACAUAAACGAUGGAUCUAUUGUAAAGGGGAUCCCAUGAUGUGAUUUAUUGUUAAUCUUGUAGCUAUCGUGAGAUGUAUUUGACUUUAAAUAAUUGAUCCAUUGUUGCACAUUCACACAUGUAAGUACGUUUAUUCCAUCAUUCGAC